UUACGAUUUCUCGUGAAAGCGGACUUGGUAUCGACAUUUUGAUGUGAAGAUCGUAUCUAAAAAAUAAACACACGUCUACAUAGGAAGUAUCGACGUUCCCGGAUCGAUACGCACAUCCCUACUACGUGCGUCGUCGAAAGUCUACCGGCCUCACGUUCAUUCAUAAGAACAGCAGGUACAGCUCCAGGGGUCCCUGUUCGCCGCCGUAAUCUACUCAUUUGCAAACAUGGCGGGUUACCUCAAGGCUCUGACCAGCGUCUCCAGGAGUGCGGCCGCUGCACUGUCUCAGACCCCCGCGGCGGUGUCUCCGGCUGCCAGCGUCUGCCUCCACAGGCUGCAACAGAGGAACUAUGGAACGAAGCGGAUCAAGGUGGACCAGCCUGUGGUGGAGAUGGACGGAGAUGAGAUGACUCGCAUCAUCUGGGAGUUCAUCAAAGAGAAGCUCAUCCUGUCCAACGUGGAUGUUGAGCUGAAGUAUUUUGACCUGGGUCUGCCUUACCGGGACCAGACGGACGACCAGGUCACCAUUGACUCAGCUCUGGCGACGAAGAAAUACAACGUGGCGGUCAAGUGUGCCACCAUCACCCCCGAUGAGGCCAGAGUUGAGGAGUUUAAACUCAAGAAGAUGUGGAAGAGUCCAAACGGGACCAUCAGGAACAUCUUGGGCGGCACAGUUUUCCGCGAGCCAAUCCUCUGUAAAAACAUUCCCCGCCUGGUUCCUGGUUGGACACAAGCAAUAACAAUCGGCAGACAUGCUUUUGGCGAUCAGUACAGGGCCACGGACUUUGUUGUUGACAAGCCAGGGAAGUUUAGGAUGGUUUUUACACCAGCUGAUGGGAGCAAGGCGAAGGAGUGGGAGGUGUACGACUUUCCCGCAGGAGGCUGUGGGAUGGGGAUGUACAACACUGAUGAGUCCAUCAGUGGAUUUGCUCACAGCUGCUUCCAGUAUGCCAUCCAGAAGAAGUGGCCUCUGUACAUGAGCACCAAGAACACCAUCCUCAAGGCGUACGAUGGCCGCUUCAAAGACAUCUUCCAGGACAUCUUUGAGAAGGAGUACAAGCCAGAGUUUGACAAGCUGAAGAUCUGGUAUGAGCACCGGCUCAUUGAUGACAUGGUGGCUCAGGUCCUGAAGUCGUCUGGAGGAUUCGUUUGGGCCUGCAAGAAUUACGACGGAGACGUCCAGUCAGACAUUCUGGCUCAAGGUUUUGGCUCUCUGGGCCUCAUGACCUCAGUACUAGUGUGUCCUGAUGGUAAGACUAUUGAGGCAGAGGCUGCACAUGGAACCGUCACCAGGCACUACCGUGAACACCAGAGAGGAAGACCGACCAGCACCAACCCCAUCGCUAGCAUCUUUGCUUGGACUCGGGGAUUGGAACACAGAGGAAAACUGGAUGGAAACCCUGAUUUGAUAAAGUUCUCCCAAACUUUAGAGAGAGUGUGCGUGGAAACCGUGGAAAGUGGUGUGAUGACCAAGGACCUUGCAGGCUGCAUCCACGGCUUGGCCAACUGCAAGCUGAAUGAACAUUACGUCAACACGUCAGACUUCCUGGACGCCAUCAAGAACAACCUGGACAAAGCCCUGGGAAAUUAAAACAGAGGACACUCUAGCCAAUGAAGAGAGAUGAACCCUGUCUGUUGGAUUUUAGCCCUUUUUUUUUUGUUUUGUUUUAUCCUUCACUUGUAUAAACAAUUGGGUCCAGUUUUGAAGGAAGCAACUUCAGGUUUUGGUGCCAUUUUUAUAUUUGUAUAGCUCACUCACACACUACUGCGUGCCUUUGCCUUUCCUAUUGCCAUUUUUGUCACGCACAAAUUGAAUGAUUGUACUGUAUGAAUGAAUAUUAACGAUAAUGUUAACUUAUGAUGGCAUUUUCAAAAAAAAGUUUUCACGUAUUUUCACGUCUUCAUGGAACAUGUACAGAUUAGAACAAUAAUGUCAUGUCUUGCACAGUUAAUAAAUAACAUCUAAUCACUUAGUAA